GACUUCAGAGUCCUGCAUCUUACAAAAUUGUAUUCGAGAGGUGUUCUAGAUUGAUUUCUUUUCUUUGUUUUGCAUGGAGAAAUAGAAAAAGAAUGAGUUGUUGGCGUGGUUCUAACUUUCAACUUCCAGUUGGACCCUGCACAAUAAUUCAUAAAAGUUAGAGUAAAUUUCACUUCGGGCCACCUUUUGUUACCUAUGUUUCACUUUGGACCACCCUUUAAACAAUAUUUUCACUUUGGACUGGGUAAACUUACCUUUAUUUCACUUUGGACCACCCAACUCUCUUCUCAAGCAUAUGAAUGAUCUUGAUUACGCCGUCUCCUACUCGUCAAUGAACUGCCACAGCUAUAUGUAAGACUAUUUCUUCGACAUAUUACAAGUUGGAUGUAGAUGGAUAAAAGAGUGAGGGUGGUCCAAUGUGAAACAAAGGUAAAAAUACCCGGUCCAAAGUGAAAACAUUGGUCCUAAGGUGGUCCAAAGCGAAACAUCGGUAAUAAAAGGUGGCCCAAAGUAAAAUUAACUCUAAAAGUUAAUUACAGACUGAAACCAAUUUCUAAGUUCAACAAAAAAAUAAUACAUUGGGUACUUGAAAGUACUUGGCACUGAAAAGAUUAGCUCCCAAAAAAAAAUAAUUCUACAGUAAGAUUUACACUGUACCGUAAAAUAUAAAGUGGAAAAAUGACAGAUUGAUGCUUUUGUUCUACAAAUUAGGAUGUGGUAGUCCCCUAAAAAAAUUGAAACGUGAUAAAUACCACUAGAUCAUGGAUGGAGCUACCUAAUCUUUGCAUCAACAUACAACUUCCCUUAUUAGGUGAGAUAUCCUUUUCAGAUAUGUAUGCCCCCUUGGUAGGAAAUCCGCAAACCAUGUAAUUAGCCAAAAAAAAAGAAGAAGGAGAAGACAUAACAGAUGGUUCUUUUAGAAGGUAGUAGUUCCACUGAUCAUUUGAUUCAGAUCAUGAGAAUCAGUAGGUAACACAUUUUCAAUAGAAAAUGACUGAAAAGUUUUGGUUCAAAUAGAUAAACCACGGGAAACACCAAAGGAACACAGGCUGGUUGUUCUCCAAUGAUACCAUGAUGAAUUUUGCAGCAAAACCCAGACGCUUAAAUCUGAGAAAAUGCAGAGGUUAACAUGGAAAAUGACUAACAACCAAAAUUAUGAGAAAAAUUGACUAAGUUCUAAUAAUCACAUGUAGGAUUACUAUUUGGAGUGUCCAGAGACCAAAUUAUGGUUUGCAUUUGAGUAUUCCAUAGCUUGCAAGAACUUCAUUUUUGCAGGAUUGCAGUUCCCUAGCUUCAGAAGAAUAGGUCACCUAGCCUAUAGGAUUACUUAGCUUUACUUCAAAGUAAAAGCUACUUUUGUGCACAAUGAUUAUCUGGGAUGUUGGGCAUGUGUGGUUGAGGAAGUAGUACCUGAUACCAUUUUCCAGCUUUGCUUUUGUCCAUAAAGAGAGCUGUUCAUACAAAAGAAUCACAACAAAUUCACUACACAUCUCAUACCCAAAAGAUCAUUGCUAGCUAAAUACAGGAAAUAUAUUUUUAUUUUAAAUUCCUAAGAGACAAUUACAGCUCAAGCAACAUGUUCUUGUGUCCUUGGUUGGCCUCCAUGUGACAGAUGAUUAGGUUGACCUUAGUACAACCAAACCCUCAACUCAGCUCAACUAUUCCAAUUUCCAACCAAGAAACCAGAAAACAAAAUCCUAAAUAGCACAGGAUCCAACUAUUAUUCCUCAUGCUCUUCUCUUAGGUUCUCUUAGGAUCAAGUAAAACAAAUAAAGAUUCAGAGAAAAUAAAAUAAUAACAAUAAAAAAAUCAUCACCCUUUAUGGUAUUUGAUUGACCCAGUUGGAGCAAUGAGCCAAUGACACUCUGUCAAAACUACAUCGUGCAAGCCACACUGCAAAAUCAUCCUCGACCAACCACAAUCAAUGCCUGCAAUUUGCCGGUGUCAAUUUAGCUGUCACUCUCCAGCAACUGCCCUACCAUGUAUGAUGCUCCUGUAUUCUGUCUGUAUAUAUAUAUCAUACAGCACCAUUAGCCUUUUUUAAUCCAGAUCAAGGGGCUCCAUUAGUGCACCUAUACAGAGACCCGAAACCAACAGCUCAGAAUUUCUCAGUCUUCUCGUUCACAUUGAAAGCUUGAAGCUUUCAGUCUUCUCUUCUGCAGCUCUGCUUAGCUUCCCCUGAUUAUCCCAAAGCUUCAGUUCCAUCCAAUCAGCAGCUUUGAACUGAGCAAGGAAGUGAAGAACAAGGAAAGAAAGAUAUGGAAGCCUUAACCAAAGUCAUGGACAAGGUCAAGGAAGUGAAGAGUAACCCAGAAGUGGUGGAGAAGCUGGACAAGGUCAAGGAAGACAUCAGCAGCCUUGCUCAUGCUUUACAUCUGGGAAAACAUGAUAAGGAACAUGAAUCUGAGGAGAAGGCAAAGGAAGGUGAGACUGCGAAAAGGGCCGACGAGGGCGCCUCUGCCAGCAAGUCUGAAGAUUCAGGUGUGGUAGUACAAGCUGUGGAAGAGAUUCAGGCCGUUGUCACAGCUGUGCAGCAGCAGCUGCACACAGAAGGAGCUGCAGCUGAAACUCCCAAUGAGGCUGCUGCUGCUGAAACUUCAGCAGAAGGAGAGAAGCCUGAAGAAUCAAAGAGAGAUGUAGAGAAGGAUGAUCCGUCGAAGCGGCUCGACUUCAAGGGCUUCUUUGCCAUGAUAUUUGAGAGGUGCUGCAACCCUGGGAACAAGAAGAAAGAUUAAGCUUGGAAGAAAAUGAUGUGGAUUUUUUUUGUUUUUUUGUUUUUGUGUGUGUGUUCUUGGAGACUGAAGAAUGAUGUGCAUGGGAUUGUGGGAUGGUGUACAGUUUGCAGUUUGUGUGUUUUCUUCAGAGUUAAUUGUCUGCUUUUGGUGUUUUAUCCUUUUAUGUGUUGAUGGAUGUAUGUCAAAGAGUACUUUGUGAAAUUCUUGUUAGCCUUGUGAGCUUGAUCUUACUUAUGUGAAUGAAAGAAUUUAUUUAUUUAUUUUAAAAAA